CCCGGCGCUCCCCCGCCGCCAUGAGCGGCUCGUCGGGCACCCCGUAUCUGGGCAGCAAGAUCAGCCUCAUCUCCAAGGCGCAGAUCCGCUACGAGGGCAUCCUCUACACCAUCGACACGGACAACUCCACCGUGGCGCUCGCCAAAGUGAGGUCCUUUGGUACUGAAGACCGUCCCACAGAUAGGCCUGCUCCCCCAAGAGAGGAAAUUUAUGAGUACAUCAUUUUCCGGGGAAGCGAUAUCAAAGAUAUUACUGUGUGUGAACCUCCAAAAGCUCAGCACACACUCCCUCAGGAUCCUGCCAUUGUUCAGUCCUCCCUGGGCUCUGCCUCCGCCUCGCCCUUCCAGCCACAUGUGCCUUACAGCCCCUUCAGAGGGAUGCCACCAUACGGCCAGCUGGCAGCCAGUUCCCUGCUCAGCCAGCAGUAUGCUGCCUCCUUAGGUCUAGAGAAGUUGGUAAGCCCUCCAGCCUCAGCCGCUGCUUCCAGCCCUAGCUCUUCUCCAUCUCCACAGCCUGUCUCAGAGCUUGACAUGUCCUCAGAGCCACCUCAGCUUACUUCCAAGGGAGCUGCUUUUCCGUCUACCCCAGUUGGCAAGAGCCCCAUGGUGGAGCAAGCUGUCCAGACUGGUUCUGUCGACAACUUGAACGCUAAGAAGCUGUUACCUAGCAAGGGCACCUCGGGGACACAGCUCAGUUUGGGUCGCCAGGCACAGCCAAGCAGCAAGACUGCCAGCGAUAUAGCCCCGCCGACGCCUGUGCACACUCAAGGGCAGGUGAAUGAUGAGAACAGAAGACCUCCGAGGAGGCGGUCAGGGAAUCGGCGAACGAGGAAUCGCUCCAGAGGGCAAAACCGUCCGACUGCUGCUAAGGAAAACACGAUCAAGUUCGAAGGCGACUUUGAUUUUGAGAGUGCAAAUGCCCAGUUCAACCGAGAGGAGCUCGAUAAAGAAUUUAAAAAGAAACUGAAUUUUAAAGAUGACAGAGCUGAGAAGGGGGAAGAGAAGGACCCGGCUGUGAUGACCCAGAGUGACGAGGCUCCUGCUGAGGAAGAGCUUUUGGGGCCCAACUGCUACUAUGACAAAUCCAAGUCAUUCUUUGACAACAUCUCUUCUGAACUCAAAACGAGUUCCAGGCGGACAACAUGGGCUGAAGAGAGAAAGCUGAACACUGAGACCUUUGGGGUGUCGGGGAGGUUUCUUCGUGGCCGCAGUUCCCGUGGUGGAUUCCAAGGAGGCAGGGGCAACGGAGCAACACGGCGCAACCCUACUUCCCACCGAGCUGGCACUGGCCGGGUGUGAGGGUGCAGCCCAAGGUCCCACUGAAGAGGCAGAGAGGUGGAGCUCUGUCAAUAAGGAUGAAAGGAAAUGCUGUGCUCACGAAGAGAAGUGGGUCCUUUUUACCAAGUCUGGAAAAUUCCCACACCACCACUUGUGUUUUGGACUUAACAGAACUUGGACUUGGACCUGCAUUUCCUUCUCGGUUUCACACGGCCUAAUUCUAAGGUUUUGGUAGUUCACAAAAAAGGUUUCUAUAGGUAAAAGGUUCGAUCUUCACUUAGUGAUUUUUUUUUUUUUUUUAAAUGACAGCUUUGACUUUU